AUGGCGAACAUUGACAUCGCAAAGCUUCUGGAAUCUGAUGACGGUCCCAGACUACACCCAAAGACGAAGAUCAUCUGCACAUUAGGACCUCGUUCACGCGAUGUUCCCAUGUUGGAAAAGCUCUUGAGGACUGGAAUGAAUGUUGCUCGUUUUAACUUUUCCCACGGUUCAUAUGAGUAUCAUCAAGAGACUCUGGAGAAUCUAAAGGCUGCUAUGUCAAAUACACAGAUCAUGUGUGCCGUAAUGCUUGAUACAAAGGGACCUGAAAUUCGUACUGGGGUCUUAAAAGAUGGAAAGGCUAUCAAACUCCAAGAAGGAAAGGAACUUACAAUUACCACAGACUAUGAACACAAGGGUGACACCGAAAUGAUCGCGAUGAGUUAUAAGAAACUGCCACAGGAUGUUGCGCCUGGAAAUAUGAUACUGUGUUCAGACGGAACAAUUACUUUGACUGUUUUAUCUUGCGAUCCUGCUGCCGGACAAGUGAGAUGCCGGUGUGAGAAUACUGCCAUGCUGGGGGAGAAAAAGAAUGUGAACUUGCCUGGAGUGGUUGUAGAUUUGCCAACCAUCACAGAGAAGGACAGGGAAGAUUUCCUUGUUUGGGGAAUUCCAAACAAAAUAGAUUUUAUAGCAGCUUCUUUUGUUCGGAAGGGCACUGAUAUACUUCACAUAAGAGAUGUUCUCGGAGAACAUGCAGCCACAAUUCAGAUUAUUUCCAAGGUUGAGAACCAAGAAGGAUUAGUAAACUUCGAUGACAUAUUGAGAGAAACAGACGGGAUAAUGGUAGCGCGAGGAGACCUUGGAAUGGAAAUUCCAAUUGAAAAAAUAUUUCUGGCACAAAAGAUGAUGAUAUACAAGUGCAAUGCUGCCGGGAAGCCCGUAGUAACAGCAACUCAGAUGCUUGAGUCAAUGAUAAAAUCCCCAAGGCCAACCAGAGCGGAAGCAACUGACGUAGCAAAUGCUGUGCUGGACGGUACUGAUGCUGUCAUGCUUAGUGGGGAGACUGCAGCUGGUGCCUAUCCUGAAAAUGCCGUGCGAAUCAUGAAUAAGAUUUGCGUUCAAGCCGAGGCAUCUAUUGACUACAGCUCUGUGUUCAAAGUCAUCCUCAAAAAUGCACCAAUGCCUAUGAGCCCCUUGGAGAGCUUGGCUUCUACGGCCGUGAGGACAGCAUUUAGAACCAGAGCUAAGCUUAUUUUAGUUCUCACACGAACAGGUGGAACUGCUAAGCUUGUGUCUAAAUAUAGGCCCUCAGUGCCAAUCUUAUCGGUGGCAGUUCCGGUUUGGAAAGCUGAUAGCCUAAGCUGGUCGAGUACAGCCGAUUCUCCGGCUCGCCACAGCCUGGUGUGCAGAGGCCUUGUUCCCAUACUCUCUGAAGGCUCUCCAACUACAGCUGAUGCUGAUUCUACAGAUGAAAUUAUUAAUUCCGCCAUUCGACAUGCUAUCACAAGAGGAUUAUGCAACCACGGAGACGCAGUGGUCGCAAUUCACCAAAUUGGAAAGGGAUCUGUAAUCAAAAUAAUGGUAGCUAAGUAA